AGAGAACAAAUAUUAUGUAUAUGAUCCCUACUAUUGCAUUGCAACUACGACAAUUUAUGUAGCACCUUGAACCCAUAUAACUCUGAAUAUCAUCCUAUUUCUUUUUGCCCAUGUUUUGGCUCAGCAUCUGUUUGGGAUGGAAGAAAAAUUUGAAACUAGUGUUGUUCGUCAUCUGAGAGCUUCACUAUCAACUCUACCGAUUCACACAAAGGCUAAGUGCCAUAUUCAAUCGGAGCGGUUGAGUUUAAAAUCAAGGUGCAAAAGAGCUCAAUAUUCGUGUUAUUGGCACCGAAGGGGGGGUUCAUGCCAAAUGGUCUUACUUUGGUGCAGACCUUAUUUACAACAUAUCGACUUAUCAUAUAUUGAAUUAGGUAAG